AUGGUUACGGGCAGGUGCUGCGGAGACAUGGCCCAUUUUGACCUCAGCAUUUGGGGCUUUGAGCGGCUGGCCGACACGAAAUGGGGCGUCAUCGGCGUUCAAUACCGCCAAGUUCCCUGCAGCUAUCAGCCAGCAAAGCAGGCACCCGCUGCGCAGAAUCCUACACCAGGGGAACAGCCGCCUUCGGGGGGUAACAGCAAUGUUGUUCGAGACUGGCCUGAGUUUGACAGCCGCACAGCGUUAACAGUUUUCAACGGUGGCAACGGAAACAACUGGUAUGAUGCAAGUUAUAACGUCCAGCCUGGCUCUUACAUGACUGGAAUGAUAUCUGGAAGUGCGAAGUGCGCGUCCACGCAGCCGAAGGGUGCCAUAGUGUUCAAGUCCAGCGUACAAGGCAAUUUUGCAGAUCAUGUGGCAGUGGGGCUCUACAUCUACAUGAGCACACAGAACGCGAUUGACAAGGGCGUCGUCCUGGCAAUAGGUGGAAACCAGGGUGAUUGCGCUGUUGUGGACCUAAGCGAAGUAAAGGCGACGGGUUUUAAGCCCCGCUGCACGCAAUGUGUUGAUUACUGGUGGAAGUGGGAGGUCUACUUUUCAGCCUUCGCUGGAUUCGGUCCUACGUCGAUAAUUAACAAUGCCAAAUACUUCAAAGGCUGUGGGGGGAACACGGUGCAAGAUCUGAACUAUAUUGAAAUUCGGAACUAUCGUAACUCGGCAGAGAACCUAUGCGUGGACAACGUGCGGCUGGAAUGA